AUGACAUUACCACAGAGACAAAUCAGAAAUGGUUUGUUCGAUGCGAUGAUUCAUUGCACAGAUCAAGUUAUUACAGGCGAUAAAUGCCCAAUGGCAGACAAUUUCUUCUUUUCUGUCAUGAAAGAACUUGUUGACAUUAGCACUGGUUUAUUGCAACCUGAUGCUUCAUUAGAACUUCAUGAGAGAUUGAUUGUUGCUUCAGAAUUCGCACAGAACCAAAUAUAG